ACAAAAUCGCGAGAUUGCAAGUUAAUCACCGUGAAAUCUCGCAAACAUGGCAGCGCCCAUGAAUGAACUGAGUUGACAUUAUCGGAACGGCCAUCGGAACUCGGGUACUUUGCAGACUGUUUUAAGUCGUAAUGCUAUAAAGGCGACGUCCAAUCUGUGCUAGCAAACAGAGGGACGGGUGUGUGAGGGUGGAGGGAAUACGUUUCAACCGCUUGCUUCAACAUUCGUCUCGUGGAGUUGUGAUUUUCUCCGUUUCGACGCUGACAAAUUCCGAGUGAAGAAUUACGUCAUUAUUUUCCCAACGACCAAUCAAUGCGACACGUUUGUGGUGAACGGACCAAUAGCGGGCGGCGUAAGCAAGAGCAAGCGUAGGCACCUCUAGACAGCAAGAUGGCGGACGCCACAAGCUCCUCCGACGACGGCAGUUCGGAUGAAAAGCAGUGUAUUAUGCAUGUUUCGGACGCAGAAUCGAGGGUUUUGUCUUUCUCUGAAAAAAGCUGGAAAAAAUUCCUCGCUUGUGCUAGUAGGUGGAAGAAGGUGGAGCAAUCGGCAGAAGCAGAAAUUGUCGAAAAAGCGGAGUUGUACAUCGGCAUGCACGUGGACGGAGAUGUACCAGAAUCAUUGUCAAAGGCAUUUGGAUACCAUCAGCAGUGCUAUAAACGUUUCUGCGAUGUAUCCAAUGUAGGCCGUGCGGAGAGACGCGCCCAGAAACGACAACAUGAAAGUCAAGAUUCAGACACGGAGGAAAGAGACGGAGGAGAAUGCAGCGAUGAGCCCACAAGGAGGAAAGUUUGCACACUGCCGCGUAUAUGCAUCAUCUGCAACAAAAAACAGAGGUGGGGUUUGGACAAGAGGACCAAGAAAACCGUGCUUGACAAACUCUCCCAAUGCCAGACGCUCACUGCAGGGAAGCUUCUGGAAGCGGCGAGGAAAAAAGAAGAUCAAGGGUUGCUCUCACAGAUCGAGGGAAAGGACCUUCUUGCGAUUGAGGUGUGCUACCAUCGCCUGUGCUACCAAGAGUACACAAGGUUCUUGGUCCAUCCAGCCCCCGACCCACCCGAUGCGAUGUCUCAGAGAUACAGCGAUGCGUAUGACGAGUUCUGUUCAGAUGUCAUCAGAAAACGGCUGAUUCGGGAUAAGGAAGUUCUGUGCCUCACCACACUGCGACGGAUAUUUGUCAAGUACGUGAGGGACCUGGAAGGAGUGGAUUGCCAAAACUACCUGGCAGACAAUCUCAAGAUGAGACUGAAGAGCACCUUUCCCCAGCUUGUGUUUCAACCCAGCACUGCGAGAGGCAUGGGAGACCUAGUCUACUGUGAAACACUUGCCAGAGAAGAAUCGGUUGAGGCUGCACUUGGCUCAGAGACAGACACCUUGUCUGAGACUUCGUUUGGGGAGGCCUACUCCAGAUUUGUUGAGGCAAGACCAGGGCCAUCAAGCAAUCACAAGGUGUCUGGUCACCAGCAAGCGAAUCCGCACACCUUGUUCACUGCAUCUUCAGAGCUGCAUAAAAUCAUCAAGGAACCUCCAUCCGUCGAAUUACCUUGGCCACCAACUGCAGAUGACUUGACCUUGCGUCACUGUGAACAGCUGGUCCCCCACCAGCUGUACAAUGCCAUGGCAUGGAUGACAGGCUUCUCUGACGAACCUGAAGCAACUUCCCGGGUCGAGGUAGGGCAGCAAGACCACCGAAAGCUGCUGUCAGUAUGCCAGGAUGUGCUGUACUUGUCGAGUAGAGGGAAGUUGGCCACACCGAAGCACACUGCAUUGUCAAUGGCCGUUCGACACCUGUCAAGCUCUGCACAGCUUGUUCGCUUGUUAAAUGGGCUAGGCCACUGCACAUCCGUGACAUCUGUGCUGGAGCAUGACACAGCUUUGGCCAAGAGGCAGUUGAUAUUGGGUGACAAUCCCAUUCCAGAUGAUGUCAGAGUAGGGGCGUUUACUACCUUGGUGUGGGAUAACAUUGAUUUUGGAGGGGAAACCCUGUCUGGGAAGGGUGUAGGCCUACCCUUUCUGGGCUGCCUUGGUACAGGAUUUGGAGAAUUUGGCGGUUUGAGAGAUGAGAUGAUUGAAUCAGGUGUGAUUGCAGAGGGUGCCCAUAGCACCUCUGGAAUCAUCGUUCAACCUGGCAUUUAUUUGUCAUCCCAUCACCCGUUUUCAUCCGGUACUCAUGAACCACAGACCAAAACCAGAGAACAGACAACCCAGACAGCGCCGUCACACUGUACGUCUUAUUUCGGUAGAAAGCAACAGGGUCCACAUCCAUUCGCCACAGGAAUUCAAGUUGAGGAGCGUGAAUUCAUCGAGGAUCAGAAACAUGCAAGCAGAUUGGAUCAGAUCUACUUCAUGUUACGGUGCAGCAACGAAGGCCAGACUAUCCCCGGGUGGACAGGAUUCAACACUGUACUUCAAGGUGCCAUGCAUCCUCCCAAGGCAUUGGUCCGGUAUCUGCCUGUGGUCGAGGCAAGCCCUACUGACCAUGAAACGGUGUAUGCAAUACUCCUCAGAAGUUUAGAGUACGCAGACAAGCUAAACUUGAGUGAAGUUGUCCUAGUGUUCGAUCAGGCGAUGUAUGCAAUGGCCCAGCAGAUCAAAUGGCAAGACGAAAUCUUCACCAAGAGGUUGGUUGUCCGACUGGGUGUAUUCCACACCUGCCUGUCCUUUCUGGGUUGCCUUGGUACAAGAUUUGGAGAUGGCAGUUUACGGGAUGUUAUGGUUGAGUCAGGUUUGAUUGCAGAGGGUGCCAUAGAUGGAGUUAUGGGUGGUCACGAUUACAACAGGGCAAUGAGAGCUCAUAAGAUAGUGUGUGAAGCCCUGCAUCGGCUGAUGUUUGAUGCUUACCUUGGCACCCUGCAAGAUGAGGAGCAAGAGUCGGUACAUCAACUUCUUCACGGAAUGCGGCAGUCUUAUGUCAGCCUUGGUUCAGGUUUCGCCAAUCGGUUGAGAAGCGAAGAGAAUGAUGAGUUAAUGCGACUCGAAGAGUCGUACAAGAAUUAUAUUGAAGCGGCCUGCAGAGUCAACAAGACGUUUGCCUUCUGGAUGUCCUAUACGUCUAUGGUGCAAGUGUUGUUGAUGCUGAUAAGAGCCAGCAGAGAAGGCGACUGGCAGCUGCAUCUUUCCAGCCUGAGAAGUAUGCUCCCUUGGUUUUUUGCUUACGACAGAGUGAACUUCUCCAGGUACGGGGCUGCGUACUGGCUCGAAAUGUGUUCUCUGGAGACGACACAUCCCGACCUUCACUGUGAAAUGAUGAUGGGACACUUUGCAGUCCAGAUGCAAGAUGAGGGUGCCUUCUCUCAGAUUCCCUGCGAUCAACUAAUAGAGGAGACUUGCAACAGGGACUCCAAGUCCAAAGGAGGACUGACUGGGAUCUCCAGAAAGACGGGGGCAGAACAGCGAUGGCACUUGACACAGCAUCAGUGUUCGGGUAUAACUCACAAAUGUCAGGAGAUGGCUGGCCAAAUACGUGGUGGAGGAAGAUCGCGCAAGGAUCUAGAUGUCUCUCGCAAUCAACAAGACGAGAAGGCUACACAGCGGGUCAUAGAGACCGUCUCAAACAUGGUGAAUCCUUUUGAAUGUGAGGGAAUGGACAUGAUUCAUAUUUCAUCUGGUGUUGCGGCAAGCGAUGAAGUGAGAGAUGACUUGUUGAAAGCCAAGCGCCUUGGAGAGGAACAAUGUGUACAGUUCAUCAAGGAGCGGUUGCAGGGUGGCCAAGUGGGGUUCUUUUUCCCACUGAAGAAGAACAAGCUGCUUACAUUCUCAAAUCAGGGUAAAGAAGUGUCCCUGGGAGUCAAUGACAAACAAGUGGUAUUGAAGGCGAACCGUGAUCUCUUUACCCGUCUGCUAGUAACAAGCCAAGUAAGGAAAGCCGAUAUGAGAGAGGUGUUGUCUUUCAGUCUUGGGCCCGUACCUCUGCCUAUAGCCACAGAGAGUGGCCAUCUGUACCAGAACUCCAAGUCUGACCUGAUGCAUUAUGUUGAGGAACUGGCUGGGGUUGCACCGGUAAGCCCAAUUCCAUUGGAAUCCAUCUGGGUAGUGGAUGGCACGGCAAUGCUGCAAACACUUCGGCCCUGUGAACGCCCCAAGACGUGGGGUUUGCUGGCAGAAAGCCUGUUGGUGAAGCUGGUUAGUCUGGCAUCGCAAAUUGGUUCGAAAGAAAUUCAUUUUGUUACCGGCCAGUAUCUGUCAACUAGCAUCAGGAAUGCCAAGAGAAACCCCAGAGCUGGGAGCAGAACAUGGAGUAACAAAAUUUCCGAUGUCAGACACAAACCAGUACCUGUUCAGUGGAAGAAAUUCCUCGGACUCGGUCGCAACAAAGACAAUUUCGUGAACUUCAUGUUCCAAAUAUGGAAGGAAGUAUCGUCGGCCAUCUUGAAGGAUGUGAAGGUCUACUUAGCUCAUGGAGAAGAAUGCCAUGUGUUGUAUAAUGUCAAUGGCGAGGUCAAGAGUGAAACUGUGCCAGAACUGGAGUGUCGACAUGAGGAGGUAGACACCCGGAUGCUUCUCCACUGUGCUUUCAUCUCCUCUCAGGCCUCACCCAACAGUCCCAAGAAGAACAUCAUCAUCAAAAGUCCCGACGCUGAUGUUUUCAUUUUGGCUCUGCAUCACAGCAGCUCUAUAGAGUCACCUUUGCUAUUUCACACCGGCAGGGGAAAGAAUUUGCGCACAGUAAACAUCUCACAAGUGAGCCGCGUUCUCGGAGCAGAGAGAACGAAAAUGCUGAUCGGUCUGCAUUGUUUGACCGGUUGUGACUCCACAAGUGGGUUCCGGGGGAAAGGAAAGACAACGCCUGCCAAAUUGGCAUUCAAGGAGGUCAACGCGUACCCUGUCUUCCGAGCAAUUGGUGACGACUUCACUGUGACGGCCGAUGUCAUCUCGGGAGCUGAAGAGUUUAUCUGCCACCUGUACGGACAGCUUGAUUGCACCAAUGUGAACAUUGCUAGAUACAACCUGUUCCAGCUGGGAACUGUGAUGGAGACGUUGAUGCCGCCAAACAAGGAUGCCUUGCACCUGCAUGUAAAGAGGGCUAACUACCAGGCAGCCAUAUACAAGCGGGCCCUGGAGGCACGUCCCGAAGUGCCAUCUCCACAUGGAAGAGGAUGGAACAUCAUCGACGAUGUUAUCACAAUCCACUGGAUGGAUCUUCCCCCUGCCCCUGAUAACGUGCUAGCAUUAGCCUAUUGCUCAUGUACAAUAAGCCAGUGCACAAAAGGCAGGUGUAGCUGUCUUGGCAACAACCUGCCCUGCACAGACUUGUGCAAGUGCACAUACUGUGAAAAUAUUCCAAGCGAAGAUCAGCACAUUUCACCCGAAAGUGAUGACUCGGAUAUUGAGAAUUAUUAACUAAUGCAAAAAUUGAGCAUCUCGUAUGUGAUCUAAAUAUUCAUAAGAUGGAAUUUGUGUUGGGGUGAUGUAA